CCUAAAUUUAGGUACCUUAGGUUUCAUGAUCUACUGCUAUUAACACAUGUCCAUAUAAAAACAAAUAAAAUACAUUCUCAAUUUACCUGAAUCAUAUGUGACCUUUUUUCUUCUCAUACCCAACUUAACAGGGGAAGAAUUCACCAUCCGCCAUGGCAGAUCACUAUGAGAGACGAGAGGAAGAGGAAGAAGAAGAAGAAGAGAUUGGCGAACAGGACUUCAAAGCUCAGAAAGAUGCCCUCAUUUUCGCCAUCGAUGUGAGCAAUUCAAUGUUACGACCACCUCCUGAGUCAAAUGACAAGAAGGCAGACAAAGAUCCUCCCGUGUUUGCUGCUCUGAAGUGCGCAUAUCAGGUGAUACAACAGCGAAUUAUAUCUAACCCGAAAGAUAUGAUGGGCAUUAUUCUCUUCGGCACCGAAAAGAAGAAGUACCGAGAUGAGGAGAACCCUCCUUAUCCGCACUGCUAUGUCUAUACCGACCUCGAUGUUCCCGCGGCUGAAGAUGUGAAGAAUCUCAAAGACCUUCUUGAGGGAGGGGAAGAUGCUGAUGAGAUUCUCACACCAUCUAGUGAAGGAGUUGUAAUAGGAAGAUUGCUUUUCUUGGCGAAUAAUCUCUUCACCACCAAGGCACCGAACUUCGGAUCCCGAAGACUGUUCAUUAUCACAGACAAUGAUGAUCCUCAUAAGGAAAGCAAAGAGCUUAGGGAAAACGCAGCAUGCCUCGCAAAAGAUCUGUACGACUUAGGUGUCACUAUAGAACUCUUCGCAAUCACUCGCGAGGACGAAAAGUUUGAUUUCACCAAGUUCUACGACGACAUUGUUUAUCGGGACCCGGUUGUCGAAGAAACACAUCUUGGGAGGGUUUCUACAUCGAAGUCUGGCAGCGGGCAGACACUUCUGAGUUCGUUAACCUCAAAUAUAAACUCUAGACAGACUCCAAAGCGAGCAUAUUUUAGCAAUAUGCCGCUUGAGCUGGGCCCUGGACUUCAGAUCUCAGUUAAAGGGUAUAACAUAAUUCACAAGCAGACCCCCGCACGCAGCUGUUAUAUUUGGCUAGAUGGUGAGAAAGCACAGAUUGCCGUUGGCGAGAGUGCCCAUAUCGCUGAAGAUAGCGCUAGAACGGUACAUACGGGCGAAGUCAAAAAAGCAUAUAAAUUUGGCAAUGAAUAUGUCUAUUUUGGCGAAGAAGAGCAGAAAUCCAUCAAACAAUUCGGUGGUCCGAUAAUCCGAAUCAUUGGCUUCAAAGACAGAUCACAGCUAGGAUUCUGGGCAUCUAUCAAAACAUCCAUCUUCAUCUUCCCAAGCGAACAAGGUUACGUUGGGUCCUCGCGUGUCUUCACUGCAUUAUGGCAGAAACUAUUAAAGUCUAAGAAGAUCGGCAUCGCGUGGCAUAUUGCUCGAACAAACGGAAACCCUCAGCUAGUAGCUGUUAUUCCCUCUACUGCGCAAUCAGACCGCAAGUCGGGCAUAUAUUUCGUACCGGCUGGCUUAUGGCUUUAUCCGAUUCCGUACGCUGACGACCUGCGCGAGAGCCCUGGCCAGGGUAAUCUCGUCAGAACCACGAACCAGUUGACUGAUACGAUGAACAAGAUUAUUGGAAACUUGCAGCUGCCAACUGCCACCUAUAAUCCAUCAAAAUAUCCUAAUCCCGCACUUCAAUGGCAUUAUAAAAUCCUUCAAGCCCUUGCACUAGAGGAAGAGGUACCUGACAAACCAGACGACGCGACCGUCCCCAAGUACAAGGCGAUCCAUAACCGAUGUGGUGCAUAUAUCCAAGAGUGGUCACGGACAGCGGAUAACGUUUUGGGCAUGGUUAGAGAUGCCAAUGCUAUCAAGCGGGAGAUGGACAUUGACGAGGGGAACGAUGAGCCUAGGCCAGCAGCGAAGAAAUCGAGGGCAACUGCAACGAAAGUGGGCGCUAGUAGUACAGGUAUGAACAACGCACAACUGAAGGAAAGAUAUGAACAAGGAACCUUGUCAAAGCUGACAGUAGCUGAAUUGAAACCGAUCUUGAACGAUCGAGGGAUUGAUUCGAAGGGGUUGAAGAAGACUCUCAUCGAGAGGCUUGAGGAAUGGAUUGAGGAUAAUGUAUAAAUCGAGGGAUUUGAAUUAUGUAGCUAUCGGCGUCCAAGGCGGCUAGGUGUAGGCCUGGCUUCGGCGCUGAGAACGAUAUCACUUCCAGAUGAGUAGUAAGAGACGCAGUUAUCCCUUUUACACACCCGAGAGCAUCCCAGCUGUAAUUCUCCUUACAUCUACUGAGGAGCAGCGGUUAGGAGGUAUCU